AUGGCUCGCUCACAUCACAAUGAUCACAUGCCUGCCUCACCGACAGUGUCAAAUGAAGACUUCCUACCGAUUGGAAAAGAAGGAAAGAAAGAAGAGGAUGAAGCUAAUUUCGAUGGAGAGGAGUUACUAGAAGCGCGGGAGAAGACAGGUGAACUUGAGCUAGAGAUUGAAAGAUUGGCUGGUGUGUUGAAGCAAUCGGAGUCAGAGAAUUCCGAGCUGAAGAAUGAGGUCUUACUUACAAAUGAGAAGCUCGAAGAAAUUGGAAGGAAGAACGAGGAGCUGGAACUCAGUCACAAGAAAUUGCAAGAGCAGAUCACUGAAGCUGAGGAGAAGUACAUUUCACAACUCAGUGUUUUGCAAGAGGCAUUGCAAGCUCAAGAAGAAAAGCACAAGGAUCUUAUUGGGGUGAAGGAAUCAUUCGAUGGUCUAAGCCUUGAGCUCGAAAGCUCGAGAAAGAGGAUGCAGGAGCUAGAGCAAGAGCUGCAGAGUUCUGUAGGUGAAGUGCAGAAGUUUGAGGAGCUGUACAAGCAAAGUGAUUCGCACGCUGAGUCUGAGACAAAGAGGGCCUUGGAGUUCGAGAAGCUGCUUGAAGUGGCGAAAGUGAGUGCUAAAGAGAUGGAAGAGCAGAUGGGUGCUAUUCAAGGAGAACUUAAGGGAUUGUAUGACAAGAUUGCUGAAGAUGAAAAAGUUAAGGAAGCACUUCAGUCUGCUGCUGUUGAGCUUUCUGCAGUCCAAGAGGAGCUGGUUCUGUCAAAGUCCCAAGGUGUAGACUUGGAGCAACGACUUUCUGAUAAAGAAGCUCUUAUAAGUGAACUAACUGCGGAAUUGGACCUGAAAAGGGCAUCAUCAGUUCACUUUUGUUGGUUGAUCUGA